AUGUCGGAAGCUCCCAUUGUUCUCGAUGGCGGAACAGGUUUCCUCAAAGUCGGAUACGCCGCCCAGAACUUCCCCGAGUUCCAGUUCCCCUCCAUCGUCGGCCGACCCAUCCUGCGAUCCGAAGAGAAGGGUGUCGACAAUGACGUAGUAAUAAAGGAUAUCAUGUGCGGUCAGGAUGCUGCCGACGCCAGAACCAUGCUCCAGAUCAGCUACCCCAUGGAGAACGGUAUCGUCAAGAAGUGGGACGACAUGCAGCACCUCUGGGACUACACCUUCUUCGAGAAGAUGCAGGUCGAUCCGAGAGGGCGCAAGAUUCUCCUCACCGAGCCUCCCAUGAACCCACUCAAGAACAGGGAGCAGAUGUGCGAGGUCAUGUUUGAGCGCUAUGCUUUUGGCGGUGUAUACGUCGCCAUCCAGGCUGUCCUGGCCCUCUACGCUCAAGGUCUGAGUUCCGGAGUGGUUGUCGACUCUGGAGAUGGUGUCACACAUAUUGUUCCCGUCUACGAGUCCGUGGUGCUGAACCACCUGACACGGCGACUGGACGUUGCCGGGCGAGAUGUCACGCGCAACCUCAUCGCUUUGCUCUUGCGACGUGGCUAUGCCCUCAACCGAACCGCCGACUUCGAAACUGUCCGACAGAUCAAGGAGAAGCUCUGCUACGUAUCCUACGACCUGGAGCUGGACAAGCGUCUCAGUGAAGAUACCACCGUCUUGGUCGAGAGCUACACCCUGCCCGACGGACGUGUCAUUCGUGUAGGAAGUGAGCGUUUCGAGGCGCCAGAGUGUCUUUUCCAGCCUCACCUGGUCGACUGCGAACAGCCUGGCAUUGCCGAGUUCCUCUUCAACACCAUUCAGGCCGCCGAUGUCGAUGUGCGAUCUUCACUGUUCAAGGCAAUUGUUCUCUCUGGUGGAAGCAGCAUGUACCCCGGGUUGCCAAGCAGAUUGGAGAAGGAGCUGAAGCAGCUCUGGCUGACACGCGUGCUGGGUGGUAACCCCGAGCGCCUCAACAAGUUCAAGGUCAGGAUAGAGGAUCCUCCCAGGCGCAGGCACAUGGUUUUCUUGGGAGGCGCAGUGUUGGCGAAUAUCAUGGCCGACAAGGAGAGCAUGUGGAUCACCAAGCAGGAGUGGGAGGAAGAAGGCACAAGAGUGCUGGAGAAGUUGGGUCCGCGAUAG